AUGAGUUUCACAGGAAAAAAGUUAACAGUAAGAAAAGUUGAGGUGCAUAGUGACUACUGUGCCUCUACGGAGAAAUGCACCAGUGAAAAACGGACCAGUGGACGAAAUGGACUGAAGUGGCUGACACAUGAAGAAUUCAAGAGUUGUGGGGUCCGGAAGGCUUCCACCCAGAUUUCAGAAGGCCUGGGAGGCCAGGAAGUGGGUGCCAGAGCCCGCAAUAUUGAUUAUGCCCAAAACAUGCUGGACAGAGCAGAGUGGGCUGAUAUAGAUCCAGUGCUACAGAAUGAUGGUCCCAAUCCAGUAGUGCAGAUCAUCUAUAGUGAAAAAUUCAGAGAUGUUUAUGAUUAUUUCCGAGCUGUUCUGCAGCGUGAUGAGAGAAGCGAGCGAGCCUUGCAGCUCACUCGGGAUGCCAUUGAGUUAAAUGCAGCGAAUUACACAGUGUGGCAUUUUCGAAGAGUUCUCUUACGGUCACUUCAAAAGGAUCUACAUGAAGAAAUGAACUACAUCACUACGAUAAUUGAGGAACAGCCCAAAAACUAUCAAGUUUGGCAUCAUAGACGAGUAUUAGUGGAAUGGCUGAAAGAUCCAUCUCAGGAGCUUGAGUUUAUUGCUGAUAUUCUUAAUCAGGAUGCAAAGAAUUACCAUGCCUGGCAGCAUCGACAGUGGGUCAUUCAGGAAUUUAGACUUUGGGAUAAUGAACUACAGUAUGUAGAACAACUUCUCAAAGAGGAUGUGAGAAAUAACUCUGCGUGGAACCAAAGAUACUUUGUCAUUUCUAACACUACUGGCUACAAUGGUCAUGCUGUAUUGGAGAGAGAAGUCCAGUACACUCUGGAAAUGAUAAAACUUGUGCCACACAAUGAAAGUGCAUGGAACUAUUUGAAAGGAAUUUUGCAGGAUCGUGGUCUUUCCAAAUAUCCCAACCUAUUAAAUCAGUUACUUGAUUUACAACCAAGUCACAGUUCACCUUAUCUAAUUGCCUUUCUUGUGGAUGUCUAUGAAGACAUGUUAGAAAACCAGUGUGACAACAAGGAAGACAUUCUUAAUAAAGCAUUAGAGUUAUGUGAAAUCCUAGCUAAAGAGAAGGACACUAUAAGAAAGGAAUAUUGGAGAUAUAUUGGAAGAUCCCUUCAAAGUAAACACAGCAGAGAAAGUGACCCACCAACAAAUGUACAGCAAUAACAUCAUCCAGAAGAACUUGAUGGAAUGAUUUUUUUUUUUUAAGGGGCUGUAAGCAGGAGUUUAAAACUAGAGUGAACAUUCCCUUACCUGUGGUGUUAAAGAUGAAUCACACAGAUACUGAUUUUUAACCAGAACUAAGUGUGAUGUUCCUUGGGUGCUGCUGUUACUCAUAUUCGCUCUGAGAAAUUUGACUCUUUUAAAGCAAAGUAAUUGGAGGGGAGAGGGAAUAAAAAAGUCGCAUAAAGGAA